ACCAGGUAGCUGUGUGGAGCUGCUGCUGCUGCUGCUGGCUGGGGAGCUGCCCUUGGGCGGCGGGUGCCCCCGGGACUGUGUGUGCUACCCGGCACCCAUGACAGUCAGCUGCCAGGCACACAACUUUGCUGCCAUCCCCGAGGGCAUCCCAGAGGACAGCGAGCGUAUCUUUCUGCAAAACAACCGCAUCACCCUUCUCCAGCAGGGUCACUUCAGCCCGGCCAUGGUCACCCUGUGGAUCUACUCCAACAAUAUCACUUUCAUCGACCCCAACACCUUUGAGGGCUUCGUACACCUGGAAGAGCUGGACCUUGGCGACAACCGGCAGCUGCGGAUGCUGGCGCCCGAGACCUUCCAGGGCCUGGUGAAGCUUCAUGCCCUCUACCUCUAUAAAUGUGGGCUUAGUGCCCUGCCAGCAGGCAUUUUUGGCGGCCUGCACAGCCUGCAGUACCUCUACCUGCAGGACAACCACAUUGAGUACCUCCAGGACGACAUCUUUGUGGACCUGGUCAACCUCAGCCACCUGUUCCUCCAUGGCAACAAGCUAUGGAGCUUGAGCCAGGACACCUUCCGGGGCCUGGUGAACCUGGACCGCCUGCUGCUGCACGAGAACCAGCUACAGUGGGUGCACCACAAGGCUUUCCAUGACCUCCGCAGGCUGACCACCCUCUUUCUCUUCAACAACAGCCUCUCCGAGCUUCAAGGUGACUGCCUGGCACCCCUGGGGGCCCUGGAGUUCCUCCGCCUCAACGGGAACCCCUGGGACUGCGGCUGCCGGGCACGAUCCCUCUGGGAAUGGCUGCGGAGGUUUCGUGGCUCCAGCUCUGCCGUCCCAUGCUUGUCUCCUGAGCUGCGACGUGGCCAGGACCUAAAGCUGCUGAGAGCUGAGGACUUCCGGAACUGCACAGGGCCAGCGUCCCCACACCAGAUCAAGUCGCACACGCUCACCACCACCGACAGGGCCGCGCGAAAGGACCACCAUCCACCCCAUGGCCCCAGCAGGGACAAGGGCCAUCUACCUGGCUCCCGGCCAGGCUACAGGAAGCCAGGCAAGAACUGUACCAGCCACAGGAAUCGCAACCAGGUCUCUAAAGGGGGUGCCGGAAAGCAGGCCCAUGAACUGCAGGACUAUGCCCCUGACUACCAGCACAAGUUCAACUUUGACAUGAUGCCCACCACGCGGCCCAAGAGGAAGGGCAAGUGUGCCCGCAGGACCCCCAUCCGCGCCCCCAGUGGCGUGCAGCAGGCCUCCUCGGCUGUGUCCCUGGGGGCCUCACUCCUGGCCUGGAUACUGGGGCUGGCGGUCACUCUCCGCUGAGGACCCAGGGUGCUAGCACCCAACACUGCCACCUGUCCACCAAGGAACAGAAUUUCUUUUCCUUUUUUUUUUUAUAACAAAUGGAGGAUCUGCUGGAUUUCAGGAAAAGGUUGGUAGAGGCUUUGAUUACUGCCUGGGCCCUGCCUGGUGGAUUAUAAACCCAAAGUGUACAGCCCCAGGUGGGAGGGGAUCAGCACAUGUCACCCAGCUGUCCCAGCCAGCCCCUGCCCAGCACCCAUGGACAGUGUCCACUCCAGCAAGGCAGUAAAAGACAUGCAAAAUUAAUCCUUCAUUUGCUACUAUGGGACAAUUGCCCCCAUGAGAACUGGGCUCUGUGGAAUCCUGAUCAUUUGGGGAGAUCUGAAGGGUCCCCGCUGUUGCUGGAGGAAACAGGACUCAGAGAAAAAUGAAUGAGGUUCAACCAAGAGGCUGGUCAGCCAGCAGUCUGGGAACACAUGCGCGGGUGGCAUCUUGGCUC